GGGAGAGAGAAAGGGAAAUAUAGACAGAGGAAGAAGUAGGAGAAGGCGGAGGAGAAAGAAAACAGAGCACAAUCCAACAGUGCGGUAGAUCUGCUCUGCCGCCCGCCCGCCCCCUUCUCUUCCCAUUUCCCCCGUCUUCCCCAUUCCUCCUUAACUUUCCUAUUUGGUGACUCAACUGGGUUUUGUCGACUCUCACAAAUUUUUAUUAACCAAAAACAUCCAUUUCUUGACCGUUUCCACUCCACCAGCACAGGGACUGUUUCCACUCUGUUUCGCAUUUCGAGCGGAGAGAGUUUUGGGUCCGUUAUCUUUACACUCGUUCGGCAUUUGGGAAUGGUAAAUUUAUCGGCGAAAUGGUGAUUGAGUUGGCGGUGGAGCUCCGGUGACUGUCGGCCACUGGGCUUCACCGACGGUGGAGGGGUUUAGAGGGUAAAAAAACACAAUGUUCCGGCCAGUGAGGUGGCGGAGUGACAAGAACAAGAUCAAAGUGGUCUUCAAGUUUCAGUUCCAUGCAGCUCAGGUGUCACAGCCGAAUGUGGACUCGUUAGUGGUCUCUGUGGUACCCGGGGAUGUCGGGAAGCCCACUGGAAGAUCAGAGAAGGCUGCAAUCAAGGAUGGAAGCUGCGAGUGGGAUUAUCCGGUUUAUGAAACUGUCAAGUUCAGUCGUGAUUCCAAAACGGGGAAGAUCAAUGAGAGGACUUAUUACUUCAUUGUGUCAACGGGUUCAGCUAAGAGUAGUAUAGUUGGUGAAGCUUCAAUAGAUUUGGCUGCUUAUGCAGAGGUAGCAAAAGCUUCUAAUGUCACUCUUCCUCUCAAGAACUCAAAGGCUGAUGGUGUUCUUCAUGUUUCGAUUCAUAAGCUACAGGGAAAUAUAGAUCAAAGGGAAGAAGAGGAAACUGAAGCUGCAACCAAAAAGGCGAGAAAUAGAACCUUGAAUACUCUCUUCGACAAUGGUGAGAGUGGCGAAGCCAUCAAGAACUUUCCUAAUGUGGACGAAUUGAAUGCAACAAACAGCAAUGCUGAACAUAACGGGAUCGCCACUGCCACCAGUGGAUCUUCUGACCUUACAUUAUCAAGCUCCGAGACUAGCUCGGAGCUUAACACGCCACGAGAAGCCCCUUCAAGCUUACUAGCAUCGAAAACUCAAGCUUCAGCACCUCAGCAGACACAAUAUGAAUGGUCUGUGGAUUCUGAUCAUGGCUUAAGCAAUGGGAGCUCGACAAAUAGCUCUCAUGGAGGAGAAAAGUCUCAACUAGUUUCAGAUGGCGAGGUCGAGAAGCUCAAGGUUGAACUUCUCACCAUGACCAGACAGCUUGAUCUCUCAGAACUCGAACUGCAAACAUUACGCAAGCAGAUUGUGAAAGAAAGCAGGAGAGGCCAUGAACUCUCUCGAGAGCUCGUGGGAGUGCAAGCAGAAUGCAAGAAACUGAUAGCCUUCCAGAAAGGCAUGGAGGAAGCAACAAAAACUAGAAACAAAUCGAUAUCUGAAGGUGAUGGUGGUGGUGGGGAUCCAUGGCUGCUCAUUGGGGAGAUCAGGCAAGAACUCUAUUACGAGAAGGAUCUCAACACAAACCUUCAGUUACAACUACAGAAAACUCAAGAAUCAAAUGCAGAACUGUUACUUGCCGUUAGGGAGCUGGAAGAAAUGUUGGAGCAAAAGGGUGCUCAAGCAACUGAUGAUGAGGAGCAGAAGGAGUUGGAAGAACUUGUCAAGGAACACAGCGGUACGAGGGAUACUUAUGUACUGGAGCAAAGGAUUGUGGAUCUCAGUAGCGAGAUUGAGAUCUACAAGAGAGAUAAAGAUGAGUUAGAGAUGCAAAUGGAGCAAAUUGCUCUUGAUUAUGAGAUACUGAAGCAGGAGAAUCACGAGCUUUCGAAUAGGGUGGAGCAAAGCCAGCUGCAGGAGCAGCUGAAGAUGCAGUAUGAAUGUUCACCACAGACUGACCAUACAUUGGAAUCACAGAUGGAGAGGCUGGAAGAUGAGCUUAAGGAGCAAGGGAUCGAGUAUUCGAUUUCCUUGGCCACUGUAAAAGAACUUCAAAACCAUAUCAAGAGCAUGGAGGGAGAAUUGAAGCUGCAACAAAGUGCUUACUCUGGUUCUCUGGUAACCAUAGAUGAACUUCAAAGCCAUGUCAAGAGCAUGGAGGAAGAAAUGAAGCUGCAAGAGCAAAGUGCAGCUGCCAGCACAAGGGAACUCGAAGAUCAAAUCGAGAGGUUGGAGAAUGAACACUCUUGUUCGUUGGCCACCAUAAGUGAACUUCAAAACCAGAUCAAGAGCUUGGAGGAAGAAAUGAAGCUGCAAGAGCAAAGUACAGCUGCCAGCACAACAGAACUCGAAGAUCAAAUUGAGAGGUUGGAGAAUGAACUAUCUAGUUCAUUGGCAACCAUAAGUGAACUUCAAAACCAGAUCAAGAGCUUGGAGGUUGAAAUGAAGCUGCAAGAGCAAAGUACAGCUGCCAGCACAAUGGAACUCGAAGAUCACUUGGAGAAGUUGGAGAAUGAACACUCUAGUUCUUUGGGCACCAUAAAUGAACUUCAAAACCAUAUCAAGGGCUUGGAGGAAGAUAUGAAGCUGCUAGAAGAAAAUAUAGCUUCUAGCACAAAGGAGCUCAAAGCCCAAAUCAAGAGUUUGGAGGAUGAACGCUCUAGUUCUUUGGCCACCAUAGAUGAGCUUAAAAUCCAUAUCAAGAGCUUGGAGGAAGAACUAAAUCAGCAAGAGAAACUCAUGCAGCAGCAUGAAUCAUCAGAACGACUAGAAGCUCAAAUCAAGAGGUUGCAGAAUGAAUUAAAGAAGCAACAGAAGCUGAAUUCGGGUUCUUUGGUUACCAUAAAGGAACUGGAAGCCCAUAUCAGUAGGCUGGAGGAAGAAUUGGAGACGCGAAUUCAAAGCUUUGAAGCUGAUAUAGCAAACGUGACUCGUGAAAGAGUUGACCAAGAGCAAAGAGCCAUUCGAGCAGAGGAAGCCUUAAGGUUGACUCGAUGGAAGAACUCUAACACGGCUGAGAAGCUACAAGAGGAGUUCAGAAGGCUGUCUGUGCAAAUGGCCUCAACAUUUGAGGCCAAUGAGAAGGUAGCUAUGAAAGCAAUGGCUGAAGCUAAUGAAGUCCGAUUCCAGAAGAGUCAGCUGGAAGACAUGCUUCAGAAAGCUAAUGCAGAGCUCGAGUCAGUUAAGGAUGAUUAUGAUGAGAAAUUGGCAGAGCUCUCCAAGCAAUUAAGUUUGAGAAAUGGUCAGAUAGAGAAGUUGUUGAUGGAGAUUGAUGAAAAAUCGAAGCAUGAAGAACAACUCGGUGGAAGUUUCACUCCGAAAGUUCAGAAACUGCAAGCUGGAAUUGAAAAGCUUGUAGAAGAAAAUAAUCUCCUCUCCAUACAAGUGAAGGAAAUGAAGUCGUCGAUCAAGAAUCAUGAAGAAGUGGUGCAUAAGGGAAACAUAGAGAGGAAUGGAUUCGUGAAUACAAUCGCUUCACUGAAGAAAGAAGUAGAGAAAUCAGCAGAAGACCUAACUACAAUGAGAUCUCUCGAUAAUGAAAAGGAGAAGGAACUCAGCCUCCUAAAAGCAGAAGUUGACACGCUAAAAUGUAACUGUGAUGAGUUGAAGCAUUCUCUUCUUGAAGAGGAGCUGGAGAAGGAAAGUCUGAGAAAGCAUUUAUUCAACCUGAAAGGUGACCUCAAGAAGAAGGAUGAAGUUUUGAACAAUGCCGAAAAGAAGCUCAAGGAGAGUACCAAACGUGCAUCAAUUUCCCCUAGAACCAACAAGUCUGCUCCAGUUUCUCAUGUCCCCAAGGAAGUCUCGAAUCUCAGGGAAAAAAUUAAAUUGCUUGAGUUGCAGAUAAAGUCAAAGGAAACUGCACUAGAGACAUUUGCAAGGUCAUUUUUGCAGAAGGAAAGAGACCUUAUGGACAAGAUUGAAGAGUUGGAGAGAAGACAUGACGAACUUGACCAGUGCUGUUCAAAUUUAACUUGUAGCCCUCAUCACAAGUUGAAUGGUGAUGCAACUGAUGAAUCUCUCAACAAUGUAGCCUCUGUACCGAAAGCCAAGAGAACCAAUGAUGAAGUUGAAUGUGAGAACGAAUCAAAACCCUUCACCAAGGACGAUAAGUUGGUAAGGGAGCUGUUGUCAUUGAAGGAGAAGAAUGAAGAAAUGGAAGGUGAGCUGAAAGAGAUGCAGGAGAGGUAUUCAGAAAUAAGUCUAAAGUUUGCAGAAGUAGAAGGUGAGAGGCAAAAGCUUGUGAUGGCAGUAAGAAGCUUGAAACAUGCUAGAAAGGAGCUCAUUAAACAAUCAUAAUAAAAGGAAAUUAAGGGGUUAAGGUUUCUUUCUAUACAAGUAAUAUGGUAACCUAUAAAAAAAGUGUAUAGUUUUGGGGGGGAAUACUAGUAACUGGGGUUUCAUUUUAGUUAAACAAAAUGUCUAGAGAGGAUUUGACUGCUACUACAAGGAGAGUGAAUAAUUUUUGUACAAAGUUUUCAUUGCCAGGGUGGAAAAAAAGGGGUUUCUUAAUCUGUUAGUUUAUUUUAUUUCACUUUGUAGGUAUAAGGAUGAAAAUCAUGUAGUGUUCCAAAUUCAAGUUCUUUCCUUGUAAUUGUAACUUUUUCAUUGUCUCCUGGUAUGUAAGGUGGAUGUUUGCAGCUUGCGAUAUAUAAAUUUUAUACAUAUAG